AACAUCCCUUGCCACGGAAAACCGUCGUUCCUACAGCAAUAGCUGGGAUUUAAGGGCCCACUACUUGUCGCCAUUAACUCUUCGAACCGAUGCUGCGAAACUCCGCGACCAUGGCUUGCAUGCCUUAUUUCUUUUUGAGGUACAUGGCGUAGAUCGGUCAGGGGAAUAUGCGUGGGAUGGCAGCACCCUUGGCUGCGCGUAGGGUUACGGAAUACCAGACCGAGGUCACCUAUGUAGAUUUCGAGGUAACCCUGGACUCGGGAGGGCGGGUAUGCCAGAACCAGGGCCAGAACCAGGGCCAGGGACUCGAGGAGGUCAUGAAGCACGACACCAAAAGAGGAAGAACGAAUAUGGCACCUUGAAAAAAGGACCUGAGGGAAGAGAUACCUAGCAGGCUUGUGGAUGUGAGAAUUGACGAGAGAAACGUCACGACAUGAUUGAUAUUGGCAUCACACAGCGCUGCCUCGAGGAUCAAAUCGAGAUUCUGUGUAUAAAGAGAAGUGAUUUUGAUUUUUUUUUUGA